AAUAAUUCAAAAUGUCUAAAUUACCCAAGAGAGUCUCUGCAGAAUCAGGCAAGAGGAGGGAUAAGCUCAUCCAGAUCCAUGGAGAAGCACUAGACUUCUUAGAUGAGGAUGAAGCCAUCAAGACUUAUAGUAUAUAGAUAAGAAGAAGAAAGUCAUACAGAAGAGUAAUAAUUAUCAUACGACUAAAAAUAUUGAGAUUGAGAAUGAAGAGAGAAGGAAACGUGCCAUGAUGUCGAUUAUUACUCAAGUUCAAAAGAACUCAGUGCCUCCUGUCAGAACUCAAUAUUCUUCAUAUUAUGGGACUAAUCGGAGCAGACAGCUUGGAAAUAAAGUUAGAGCUACAUCGAUCACCAAGAAGGUAUUAGGAGAGAGACCUCAAGUGAAAUAUUCAAAAUUCAUGAAGAAUAAUUUCAACAAACCAGGACUCAAGACGCUUUUGAUAGACCUGGAUGAAACAUUGGUGCACUCAUCAUUCACUCCUGUUCCAAACCCAGACUUCAUUCUUCAAGUAGAAAUCGAGGGUAAAAUGUGCAGUGUCUAUGUACUAGUCAGACCAGGAGCCAAGGAAUUUCUAGAAGAACUGGCCCCUUUCUACGAGAUGGUAAUCUACACAGCUAGUUUGAGUAAAUAUGCAGACCCCUUAAUGGAUAUUCUGGACCCAAAAGGUAUCUGAACAGCUCGAUUGUUCAGAGAACACUGCACUUUUUACAAUAACAUUUUUGUGAAGGACUUGUCUAAAAUAGAUAGAGACCCAAAAGACCUUCUAAUCAUUGAUAAUUCUCCAAAUUCAUAUUUAUUCCAACCAGAAAGUGCUCUGCCGAUUGUUAGUUGGUAUGAAGAUAUGGAUGAUACAAUUCUGUAUGAAUAUAUUCCAAUCCUGCAAGGCCUAUCCAUCAUCGAUGAUGUCAGAGAUGCUCUAGCCGCAUUCGUUUAUCCAAAUGAACCUGUAGAAUACGAUCGAAUCGACGUCUCUAGAGGAAUUGACCUUCUUGAAAGAUACAUAGCAAGAGCUAAGGAAGGGCUACUGCCUGAAUAUGAAGUUAAAAGUAAGACAAGGGUGUUCUCUGAACCGAGAAACUUCCAAAAUCAUCUUGAACAGGAUGGAAUGAAUGACUCUGAGCCCUUAAAGCCAUUCAAUACUGAUCAUGAAAAUUCCAAUAGCCAACUGCACAAUAGUGCUGAGAUAAAGAAAGGUGGAGAACUUUCAAAAGAGAUUAUUAAUAAUUGGACAAGAUCUGAAGACGAAAAACCUAAAGAAGAGGAAAAGAAGAAGAUAAAGAGCUCUAGCAGACCUAAAUCUGGAAAGCCCUCUCCAAUGAAGAUGGAGUCCAAGGUGGACAGGAUCUACCUGACUAAUGACUCUCAUUUUAACAAUAACCUGACUGCUAAAAAUAAUCAAUCUUCAAACAGAACGACCAUGUUUAGGUCUUACAAUAACAAACCACAUAACAGUAAAAUUAACGGAAUACAGUCAGGAAAUCACACCCAACCUCAUCAAAGAAACAUCAAGAAAGCAAUGAUGGGGCACACUAAGAACAACAUUUCCUCUGAUAUGUACAGGAUCUACGGUAUAAACAAGCCUGAGACCACGCAUAAUUCUACACAAAAUACUCCUAAAUCAACAUCGAGCAAGCGAGAUACCUCAAAUCUUAAGAACAAGUUCGGCAUCAGGGUGAACAACCUGAUGUUAUCCAAUCGUGUUCCCCAGACCAACGGUCCGGGGAACCGCUCGGUUUCCCCGAACAGAAUUGCUUGGCACGAUCCUGCCGAUAAGGAAAUGUUCAGUCAGCAGAAAUAAGACUAACAUAGUAGAUGUCCUGAAGUACCAAGCCAGAACUAACCUUAAAUAAUCUUGGAAAAGAUAUGAAAUCAAUGAUUUCAAGAAGGAAAUAAACCGACACCUAAGAACAAGAGAUUUAAGUACCACGCCAAGCCAGAGCUUGGUGUCUAUCAACCUUCUCCAUUUGCUAGGAACACCAAUCAAAUGGAAGGAGUUAAAGGAAUGGGGUACGGGAAGGGUACCAAUUCUUUCUCACGGCCAAUAAACCGGCUUGCCAAGAACAGAACCUUCAGCAGGAAACAGUCCAAAAAGAGGUACAAGGACGGUGACCGUAGUGGGAUUGAGAACUAUCUGAAAGGAGUCCGUGGAGAUGGCCCUAUUAAGGCUACUAAUAGUAAAAGAGGGAAGAGGAGAGUCAAGAGAAUUCUCCAAAAUUCAGGCAUCCCAGAUGCCUUUCUUGAGGAAUAAGCUAGUGGAUGAAUGGAAUUUGAAAAUUCAGCAAAUUUUU